GAGUGUUGGAGACGGCCAACCGCGCAGAGAGACGGGCGGGUCAGAACUCCUCUUCUUCCUGAAAAUAAAUCAUACCUGUAACUGAGCGGGGUUCGCCGUGUCGCCAUGCGGACAAACCGACCAUGUAUUACUACUGCAACCGGACUACAAUGAGCGCGAGCGCAGCCUGGCCCCGGGCGGAGGGUCCGCAGAGCUGCUGCGGCGCAGCAGGAGGAGGAGGGUUCGUGAACGGAAACGGCGGCAGAGAGCUCGCCGAGGCCCGUGUGAUCGGUGAGUGGGAGAGCGCCACCUGUGAUCCCGCCGACGCGACACGGAGCACGAGCACGAUCGAGCGAGAGAACGCUGCGGCGCGCGGACUCUCCAACUGCUGCAGCCGAGAACGCGCCGCACCAGGAGGGGGUGAGGUUCUCUGCGCCGCGAACGCUGAUGGAGAGGAGGAGGAGGACGGCGGCUGUGUGGGGGAAACGGAGGCGGCGCGGGAGUGUCGGAACUCGGUCGGUAAGCGCCGGGGAUGCGGUUACAGCGGGGCCUCGAAGAGGGCGUGUUUCUCCGGGACGAACACGGCGUUCCACUGCGGCGGCGGCGGCGGCUCGGACCCUGACCCUGACAGCGGGGCUCGGAUCCAAAAACAGGAGACACAGCCGCGAGGAGGCGAUUAAACCGAGACGACGGGGAGAUUUUUCUCGAGGCGCGGUAGGAGCUGGAGGUUUGAUUUUCCGGUGCGCGGUGAUGAACGGAGAGCGGCGCGGCUGCAGGACGGCCAAAGGGCGCGUGAGGCUGCACCGCAUGCGCUCCUUCCUGACUUGUGAAAACGGUGCUCAGAUCUCAGACCAUGGUCAGUGCAAGCCUCGAACCCAGUCCUCCUGCCCCGGUGCACCUACGGAUGGCGCGGAGUCCGGUUCGAGGGGCCCCGCUGUGAAUGGCGGUGCGACAGCUGGAUCGUUGGUGAUGCAGGUCGAGGCGGCCCAGGUGGAGGCCAAGAAACGGCAGGUGCAGCUCGGAGAGAGAACGGACAUGUUAUGGCGCCGCCUCCAUGCAGUGCAGGUGAAACAGCUGGAGCGACACGUCACGCAGCAGCUGGGGGACCUGAGCAGAUCCGCCGUGGCCCCGGACUCAGCCGAGCUCAACCGGUUCGCGCGCAGCUGCAGUGAAGCCCUCCGUACGGCUGGGGGCGCCCUGGACUCUGAUCACACGGCCAGCAGCUCUGGCGGAGGCAGUGACAGUGAGGAGGAUGAAGAGGGGGGUGCAGGAGGUCGACAUGUCUCACCAUCCAGAGUGAAAUCAGUCUGUAUGAGCAAUGAAUGGCAGUGGAUGAGGGAGAGGGCGUGGCUAGGGAGUCGCUGGGUGUGGCUCCAGGCACAGGUGUCGGAGCUGGAGUAUGGGAUUCGUGCGUUGACUGAGCUCUACACACACCUCAGACAGGGAAAGUUGAGAGCUGUUCACUCUGUACCUGAAACGCCCCUCAGAGCUCCAAGACCUUCUCCUGCACCUCAUGACUGCAGGUUCAGAAAGAGGCUAGCAGAGGACCCCACCCCCUCAUCACAAACGCCACACAAUCUCGCUUCAUCUGCUGCACGCGUUCGUCCGUUACUCCGACAAUGCCGUCACAGGCUUAUCCGCUGGGAGGGUUGUCCGGCGCUUGGAGCAAAGGCGGUGACCUUGCCAUGCUGCUGCGAGCCCCCUGCUGCGUGUGUGUUGUGUGGUCCUCCUCGCCCACCACCCGUGGAGAAGUCUGCAUGGAUGCAUCAGAAAAGGCUGGAUCAGUAUAUUCACCCUGUUCUCUCCAUGCCUUCAGACUUUCCUCUGGCGGCGCAUUGCACGACACCCCCGCUGGUCGGACAUCAGUCCCAUGGUGCUGUGAGGUGGAUGGGCGAAGCAACUUCGUCAUACAUGGGAAGGCGGGGUCAGGGACAGCUAAGGGUGGGGCGAGUGAGGAGAAGACUUAUAUGUCCCCGCCCACCAAGCACACUGCCUCCACUCAACAACACGUCUGGUGGCUCGAACUGCAGGAGUCAGAGGGGUGUGGUCAGUCCAGGCUUGCUCCAUCACCAAGUAGCAGAUCUUUCCCAUCUCCCUGGCCUCUCCACACCUACAGACACGCCCACACAGCCGUUGCGGAGGAGAAGAGGUGAGAGUUCGUUCGACAUUAAUAACUUGGUAAUGCCUCUAGGCCUGGCUGGACUGGGAGCACGAGUGCAGAAGCUGCAGUACAAAGAGAUAAUCACUCCCAGCUGGAGAGAGCUGGACUCUGUCUGUGGAGUCUCAGAGAAGCAUGUAGGCUCAGAUGGUCAGUGUGUGAACCACUCAGAUACACCACAGCAGCCCAAUGGAGAAGGACUGGAACAUAAAGGCGAGGUGGAGGAUUUGUCUGACGCCGUUUUUCUGAAGAGGCAUGCCAUAUGGGAGAGCAGAGAGAGGAGUCGCUGGGGGAGCUGGGCCCGCAGACGCCACCGGGGCAGGUCCUCGUCCUCGUACGGCGAUGGGAGGAGCUGCAGAGGUUUGGGACGGGUGUCGUGCUCUCCAGAGCCCAGGCAGGGGAAGAUCUCGCCGUGUAGCCCCUUGUGCUCUGCAGCAGAUGAUCCCUUCUUCUACCAGAUGGAAGAUGAACAGCAGUCUGUGCAGCCGUGGGAGCGCAGGUCGUUCCCCCUGCUGGAGGAGGAGCUCCGAUGGCUGCAGGAUGACGAGGAGGAGGCGGAGCUUGAGGAGGACGCGUGCGCUGCGAGCGGCCGCAGCCAGAGCACAGACUCGGGCAUCUCGGUAGGCAGUUUGGAGCUCUCGCCCAGGACACCUCAGCCACAUCAGCUGCACUCAGGAGGCCACAAGCCAGCCGCCUCCACAACUCAGGAUUCACGCUCCGUCCUGCCUUCUUUAACCCCACCCUCCCUGUCCUCUCUGCCUUCCCCCACCACUCACCAACAUCCAUCCAGUCACAGAGCGAACAGAGCUGACGCCACUCUGCUGUGAACCAGCUUGGAGAAAGUUAUUUCAGUCCUCUUUGUCCCCAAACGUAUAACCGUAAAGGUUUAACCAUUUACGAUUCACCCAGCAGCCUGUCCACCUCCUGCCUGUCUCUGAUUACAUCAUCAGCCCUCAUUAUCUCGGCCCUCUAAUCCUUCAUCUGGCUCAUUAUUUAGCAGCUCCAGGAUCCUUAUCAGCUGAAAGAUCAUCCAGUAACAAACCCUGAGAAUAAUAUGUUCCCAAAUCCUGCUGAAGUUCAGGUUUAAGUGCAGCUUUCUCCCUUUCUCUCACUGAGGGACAGGUGUGCUGGCUGGUUCGUCUCCCGUUUCUGUUCGUUCAUUUUCUAGACCUGUCUAAAGCAUUUCUGUCCUUCUCGAUUGUUAGCUGUUUGUAUUUUAGUUGCUCUUAUUUUUGUAUAUCGAACACUAACCCAGUCUCCUGGAGCCAGAGAUUUUCCCACACAGUGAAGGCGAAAACUCAACCAGGCAGCUCUCCAAUAUACACCAUCUCCAUAUAAAGACACUACUUAUUACCGGUCAUGUCUUAUUUGUGAGUUUUUCCUCAGUUCUAGCUUUAAUUCCAGAGGGAUGUGUGUGAACAUCAUGACCCCACGGAAACAUGACUUUAAUUAGCCCUUAGUAUGAUUCUCCUCAACACAAGGUGUUUUGUUGUGUAAAGCGUGUGUGUGCACGUGUGAGAGUUCUUCUGGUGAAGUGUGUGUAUGUGUUUUGGACAGGUCUGCUGCAUCACUGAAUAAAAUCUGGCGUCAGCGAAUACGAACUUUUUUUAGGAAAUGCACAUGGACGGUGUGUGAUUUGAAAUGUACACAGUGCUCUCGAUGCGAAAAUGAAAUAAAAUGAAAAU